CCGCGCGGACGGAGCGAGCGUGAGUGCAUCGCGAUAGCGCGACGCCAUGUCGUCCUGCUGCUGGAAACGAACCCACUCGUGGUCUGAAUAAUAGAUGCCCUGCCAAUUGCGGCCCUGGCUCCCGCUUUGGCUGCCUGGCUCCGGGCCGCACCGCCCCUGCCGUUUUGCGCGUUUUGCUUUAUCGGGAGCAAUCUGGACGUGCUGCGUGGUUUCGUCGAUUCGAGUGGCCCGCCAGGCCUGCCACGCCAAUGUCAAGCGCAGAGGCACGCAGUGUGUGCCGCACCCUCGGCCGCCACGAUGCUGCUGGCCGGCAUGAUGCCCGCCAGGCUGGACGCCGUCAGCCCCAAGCUGCGCAACGGCGCCAACCCCGAGCCCAGCCCCAAGCUGCUGCGCCACGGCCCCACCCUCGAGCCCGCGGGCCCCCCGGGGCCGGGGCUCUCCCCGCUCGACGUGGAGGGCCUGCCCUCGGGGGUGGUCCACCGCGGCAGGGGCCUCCUCCAGGGGUCGCCGCCGGUCUCGGGGUUCGCGCCCGCGGUCACGCCCACCAUGAUCCGCGAGGGCUCCGGGAUGUACUCCAACGCGGACAACGACGAGAAGAAGAAGAGGUUCACGCUCAAGUCGGUGUGGGACUUCUUGUUCCUGGUGAUGCAGACCUCGUCCAUCCACGGCUUCAACCACCUGACCGACGAGAAGCGCCACUUCUGCGAGCGCAUCGUGUGGACGGCCUUCGUGUUGUUCGGGCUGUGCGGCGCCGUGGUGGUGUCGAUGUCCACCUGGAACCACUACCAGGAGAACCCCACCGUCAUCUCCAUGGAGCGCGACUACAAGGAGUGGAACACGUCCUUCCCCUCCGUCACCAUCUGCCCCACCGUCAAGUACGAGGAGAAGAACGUGGAGGCGGUCGCGGAAUCAAUGACCAAAAUCGAGGACAAGGAGCGCCUCAAGCUGUUCCUCAUGAAGCUGGCCAACGCCACGUACGACACCUUCGGCGACGUGCCCGAUGACUUCAACGACGUCAUCAGGCCCUCGGAGUACAUGGACCUCGUGUUGGCGGUGAAGCUGGAGUUCUACUACACGGUAAGCGGCAGCAACACCGAGGCCAACAACAUCGGCCAGCUGCAGACCACCAUCACGGAGCACGGCCUCUGCUACGCCUUCAACUCGGACAUCGCCAUCUACAACUCGCCCGAGUACUUCAAGGCCAAGAACCUCACCAUCAUGGACAGGGGCUGGUCGUUUUUCGGCAGCCCGCUGGACGGCGACGUGUUCGCGCAGGUCAUGGACAUGAACUCCGGGUAUCUGGUGUACCUGCACAGCUCCAACGAGACGGCCGACUUCGCCUCGCAGCGCCUCGAGUCGCCCGCCGGCUCCUACAAGACGCUGGACAUCUCGGCCCUCAGCAUCUACACGUCCGGCUCGGCCGCCAACCUCAAGGUGGAGCAGCGGCGGUGCCGCUUCCUCAAGGAGACCAACCUCAUCCUCAGCCCCGUGUACUCGUACAACUUGUGCAGGAACGAGUGCCGCAUGAAGCUGGCCCAGGAGCGCUGCGGCUGCGUGCCGCACUUCUACCGCCCCGUGCACCCCUUCAAGAUCUGCGACGUGAAGGGCAUGCACUGCCUCGCCAAGUACCAGGAUUUGAUGUCGACGCUGAGGGAUCCCGUCACCAAGAAGAAGGUCAACUGCAAGUGCCUGCCCCCGUGCGACGACGUCAACUACAUCAUCGAGAACGACCACACCAUGCCCUGGUUCCUGGGCACCAACCUCAAGUGGGGGAUGACCAAGUACCCGCGCAUGCGGCUCAAGCGUGACGUCAUCUUCGGCUUCAUCGACGUCCUGGUGUCCGUGGGCGGCACUGCCGGCCUGUUCCUGGGCUGCUCCGUGCUCAGCCUCAUCGAGAUCUUCUACUUCUUCACGCUCAAGGCCUUCUUCUACGUGCUGGAGCACUACCGCGGCAAGCCGGACGAGGAGGACGAGGAGCGCGCCGAGUCCGCGGACAGCGAGGAGGCCAUGGUGCCGCGGCCCGGCAUGCCCUUCGCGCCGAGGAGCUUCUCCAACGUGUACCUCCGAAAAAUGACAAAACGGGGCUGGACUAGCGUUCCCCUUCUUGGUGCCCAUUGCCGCCGUUUUACUGCGACGGUCAGACAGCUGUGCGCGCGGCCGCCGCCACCAGCACCAUGCCGUCCAGCGCCACCCGCCUGCGCUGCUCCUCGCAGAGCCUGGCCGCCGGCGUCAAGGAGUACAUGCAGGAGAGCUCCCUGCACGGCGUGCGCUACCUCGCAGACCCCGGGCGCCACUGGUCGGAGAGGUCGGUCGAGUCGCUCUGUCUCUGUCGCACUCGUCCGGCGAUGCGGCGAUCCGUGGAGGUGCGAGAGAGACAGGGCGACGGGGUGUUCGGCCUGCAGGGUGUUCUGGAUGUCGGUGUGCGUGGCGGCCUUCAUCUCCACGUACUACCUGCUCAUCGCGUCCUACACCGCCUUCCGGGACCACGCCGUCAGCUUCGUCAGCGAGACGGCCUACCUGGACUGGAACACCACCUUCCCGGCGGUGUCCGUCUGCGAGACGGAGAGCCCCGACAAGCUCUACGAGAGCGCCACCAAGGUGUUCGGCACGGACCGCAACCGCAACCUGGACUUCUUCCUGAGGGACAUCGUGUUCUUCGACGGCACCUGCCGGUCCUGCAGCACGCAGUGCAGCUCCAGGCCCGACGACGGCGGCAUGAAGUGCCGCGACGACUUCAUGACCAUCAUCGACUUGGUGCGCUCCACGUGUCCGGGGCUGCUCAUCAAGUGCCGCUGGAAUGGCCAGCCCUUCGACUGCUGCAAGAACUUCCUGCCGCUGCAGACGGAGACCGGGCUCUGCUACACCAUCAACUCCCUGCACAACCGCUACAAGCCGAACGGGACCCCGGUGAACAAGGACCUCGUGGAGCUGAUCUCGAACCGCAUGACCGGGCCUGGCACUCUCGAGUUCAUGGCCAAGGAGUCCAUCAAGAUUUUCAUCCACGCGCCAGAGGACGUUCCGAACUUCAACCACCCCCAGGACGAGAAGGAGUCCCUGUUCUGGGGGCUGAACUUCCACAUGCGCUUCUCGGUGACGGAGAUCGAGAACGACCCCCAGCUCACGGACGUGUCGGUGGAGCAGCGGAACUGCCGCUUCCCGCACGAGAACCCCCUCAACCUGCACAACAAGUACUCGUACUCGACGUGCAUCGUGGAGUGCCACGCGCGCUUCCAGAUGCAGUUCUGCAACUGCACGCACCACUACAUGCCCAACAUGCGCAACAUGAAGGUCCAGACGUGCGGUGUGGAGGGGCUGGCCUGCCUCAACUCACACUCCGAGGAACUCAGGAGUCUCAAGACGUCCUGGAGCUCCAAGCCCGGCCUGGCGUGCGACUGCGUCUCUAGCUGCACCGAGCCCGAGUACAGCGUCGUGUGGAAGUCGAGCCAGGGCAACGACGUGGAGGGCGAGGGGGAGCACGAGCAGGGCACCAGGGUGAGGCUCAUGCUGGACUCGCUGCCCACCACCAGGUUCAGGAGGAACGUGGUGCGGACGCGGCUGGACCUCGUGGUGUCCAUGGGCGGCACGGCGGGCCUGUUCCUGGGCGCCUCGCUGCUCACCUUCGUCGAGCUGGUGUACUACGCGUGCCGCACGCCCUCCUACAAGCUCAUGAAGGAGCGGGAGGCGCAGCAGCGCAAGCGCGCGCUGCAGGAGGCCAGGCAGGCCAAGAGCGUGGAGGCGGUCGAGGGGCGCGGUUGGAGCCGACUCAGGGAAGACCACCGCGCCACGGCCAGGGCCACGGCCACCGUGCGACAGGUGCAGCCCGCCAUGCAGCCCACCCUCGCCGGCCUGGUCAGCGCCAAUCUGCCCAGGAAGGCCUACGCCUUCCCGACCAGGAGGCCAGUGCAGGACCCGUUCGACUUGUACAUGUAGGUGCGUCUCAGGUAACCACAGGGCAGAGAAAUAAAGACACGGGCUAAAAUGUACAAAGGACAUUUAUUAUCUGUACCUCUUGAAUGAAUGCAUAUUUGAAAUUGAGCACAA